GGGUCUUGUCUUGACUGUCAUGUCAUGAAAAUGACGGACAGGAGGCCCCUCUCACAGAGCCCGGGAAGGGGGGCCGAAGCCGCAUAGGCUACCCGAUACAUGGAUAUCAAGCCACUGCAACGCCCCGCAAACAAAGAUGCCGGUGUGGCUGCCAGUCAUCCAAACGACAGCAAGCAAUCAAGCUAUCAUCCUCAGGGCUGCGUUAGGCUAGAGACAGGAGCAUGUCAGAUCUGACAAGCGCCAGCGUCCGGAUGCUUCCGUGGUGGCUGCGGCGUAGAGGGUGCGAACCAGGGGGCUGUCAACAAGCGUCCACUGAAGCCCAAUCGGGACACCAUGACAAACCGAGAAGCCAAGACGUCGUAUCUUUUUUCGGGCCUCAAACGAAAGCAUCAAGAGCAGUCCAGUCAUGAAGUAGUAUGAGCUCGGGGAUGUGGCGGUAAAUCUGCACCUUUCCGCCCCGAAACAACGGUUUCCUGCGGCUCGAGCCGCCCCCUGGCCCAAGCGCGAUAAUCAGCGAUGUUUUCACUGAGAGCACAGCAGGUACAACGCAUGCGCAUCGUAAAAGUAGAGGGGAGCGUGCGGUGCCCGGGUGGUUGGUGUGGUGUGCUUGGUACGCUGGGUGGUCUCCGUGGUCUGUGUCGUGUACUGGUGCUGGUGCGAUUGGGUUGGCUCGUGGGGAAGGUGGAUGUAAUGGCGAGGGACAUCGGAGAAGGUGGUCCAGCCGUCGUACGUCUCCUGUCCACAACGGCUUGUGCUUGUGCUGCGCGGAGAAGCUAAUUCAGACGAUCGUCUUCGAAAACCGUGGUCGAGGCCCUGAAUAGCUGAGCGUCUUCCUGCUUCCUAUUUUCAUCCUCCAACGGCAGCUUAGUUCGGGCUGCGAGAUGGCUGUUCCCCACGAUCGGCGACAUCCUGGGCGCAUGCUGCUGUCGGUCGGCCUUUGAGCGUCAAGCGUGUCCAUUUUCGUUGCAACCACUGCAGUCGCGCCAUGCUGUACGACUGGAUCGCGACAAGAAGGGGAAAGAGAGAGCCUGGGACUCGCUGUGUUGGCAUCACCACAAGGCUGACGCUCCUGUCGAGCACGCAUGAACUAGCCCAAUCAACACGCUGUGCAUCACGCUGCUGCGACCAGUUCUGGUGCAAAAACCGCCGUGAUUAGCCCGCUGGACAGGUCGGGUCCGAGUCUACGUCUUCCGAAUAAGCCUCACGACGAAAGCUCCGAAUGAUGCCCGCGGUCGAGAAUGGGCAGGCGCACCCGCUGCUUUUUGUUUCCCCCGUCCCAGUUUCGGGUGUGGACACGAGCCCGUAUCAGGGCAGUGACGAUUCUCGAAGGCCGGAUCAUUGACUUUCGAUGGAAGGAAACAUCCUCUUCCCUUAGAUCGCCCUUUGCGAUCAGGGAACGAGAGAAAAUCGGACUGGCAAAGGCCGGUCGACCGGGAUUCCGCUUUCUCGGUUAGAUUUGCCAAACUGGAGAAGGUCCUCUGCGAUUCUUCGAGAAGGCCGGUUGACAGGGCCAUUCCAGGCCCCGGUUUGGGGGGAGGGGCCGCCAGCCAUGGAAAUGUUGGCAGAGAGCGUGUGUCACCGGCGGCUGGGAACCUUGGAAGGCGAUCGGGGGGAUCGAGGGUAGACCGGGCGGUUGAGAGAAGGUGGGCGGCGUCAAGCACGGUCUGGACAGGUAUCAUCCAUAUUCUCCGCAUGGGUCACCGAGGGAGAGAUAUGCAGGGACUCGUUCAGUCAUGUUGGGCAAGAAAGUGGCUGGCCGUCGCGCGCUCGCUGGUCAAUUUCGGCACACCGCAGUCAGAUAUUUCAUGGUGUGUGUUGUGUGUGCUUUAUGCUGUUGGAGAUAGAAAUGCCAUCCAGAAGGCUACGGGCGUAAGAGAUGAAAAGGGAGGCAGGAGGCAUAAGGCAUGAGUUGAGUUGUCGUUGAGAUAAGAUCUGAAAUCUGGGGAACACCCAUGAGGAGGAGAUGUUGGAGCGGAAGCCUUCCCCGAACCUUGGCGUGUUCAGGGCAGUGGUGCACAGGCCACAUUGGAGCGGGGUUAGGGGUGUGAGGGCCCAAAAACAACAGAAGGGGAUGCGCUGUAAAGUCAACAGAAACACCAAAACGCCACAUAUCACCACGACUCGACUCGUGGAUGCAGGAUUUUGCUUUGAGCUGCUGCUGUGUCUCUCUGCCCGCAAACCUAUCCCUGUCCCGAUGGACCCUGAAUUUCUCGUCAAAUUGCUGAGGGCGUACGACGCGUCAUUCGAUGCAGCGGCGGUGAGGGCCGCCUUCAACGGCUCAUCCACGGGCAACCAGUUUGUGCAGUGGGCAACAUCCCAUCUCACCCCGGACACUCUCCUCACCCCGGACGAAUUUGCCCAAUAUGCUGCACUGGAGAAGGCCGGCAUUGUCGACAAGCUGGCAUCAUCCUCGGAUCUGGCUGCUGUUCAGGGACUCACGGAUGAGAAUGUCAGAGACGCCAUCGAACAGCUGGACAGGUCUACCCAAGCCAUCACCAAGCAGACCGAGACCCUGAAGCAGCAGCGUGAGGCCCUUGACCGCCUCGUGGCUGCGGAUCGCCAGACUCGCCAGGAAAGACGGGUGUUUGAGUCGGAGCAAGACCGAAAAUAUGAGUCCCAACGUAGGGAUCUUACUCUGGCUGUUGAAGAGCUGUCUCAGUCCCUGGAUUCUCAACUUCUCGAGUUGGAACAGCAAACCACAGGGGCCGGCCCGGCCAUCCAGCAAACCGUCGACACCCUGUUCCGCUCAGACGAUAAGCUCCUGGCAAGCCUCCAGAAACUGGGAUGGGAACUGGAUACAAAAGACCCUGAAGAGCAAAAUCAUGUCGUCAUGCUGCGUGAAACAUGUGCGAGGGACUCACGCGAGGGCAGGCUGAUCAAGUGUACUGUGGAGGGCGUCCGGACGAGACUCGAUCGUAUCUAUCUUGAGACCUUGGAGAAGAAUUCAGGGUCCAGCAGCCGAGUCUCACCUGGAGAAGUCUCUUCCCUGCAGGAGGAGGUCGAAUCCCUCUACUCCGAGAUCCUGCCUGUUGCACAGAUGUCUGUCGAGCAGCAGUUUCUCGAGCCGGCGCUGAAGAAGGUGGAGGCCAAGAAUGGCCAGGAGCAAGCAAAGUCGAAACAGGCAACUGGAUAUGUUCACGACUGUCUCGACUACCUCCUCGAUCAUGUGCAAGAUUUAAGCGCACGCCUAGAGGCGUUCAAGGCUUACCAACUCGCGGCCGAUUCUCUCCUCGAGAUAGCCCAGUCAGAGGUUGCCACCAAGGUCGCACUCGCAACACCGCGUUCACGCCGUCCGACCGUUAGUCAACGCGGUGUGAUGGAUUCUCCCGUUCGUCCUCGGCCCAGACAUGCGCGACGCUCUUCUGGGAUGGGCGGUGCUAUGGAAGAGUCGCCACUGGACGAGAUAUUGCGAUCGCUUGCUAUCAGUUUACCCCACGAGGAAGAGGGGACACCUGACUUCCCAGCUCGGGCAAGGGAGUUGGCCAGUAUUCUCGCCGAAAGGCGCAGCAAGACUGAGGAUAUUGCCAAGAACGUACAAGAAUCGUUCGAUUACACGGCCACCAGACAGAUUGCUGAUGGAAAGGUUGCCAUCCAACUCAUUCGUGACUCGAUCCUGGCGGAGAGCCCCUUUGGACAUGUUCGACUGGUGGACCCCGAGAUCGAGAGCUCGAUCGAUGUGCUCUCUCAGGAACUGGAAAAGAUUCGCCAAGAGAAGGAAGGGCUCGACAACAGCAUGGCCAAACUCAGGGCCAGAAGCGCAAAGAAGGAUGAACUCAUCGCUCGUUGGGGUUCGUGA